AUGCCUGGUUCGAGAUCAACGCGAGCCGUCCUGGUGACGGGCACGCUUCUUUCGCUUGCAUCGCAGGUGCUGGGACAUAUGGAGAUGAGCUGGCCUUAUCCCCUUCGCAGCAAAUACAACCCUGCAAACAGCUACACAAUCAUUGACUACAGCAUGACUUCGCCACUCGUCGCCGAUGGCUCCAACUUUCCUUGCAAAGGCUACCAGAAUGACCGGCCUUUCGUCCCUGUCACUACCUUCUCUGCUGGUUCGACUUACAACAUGACUGUCGCGGGUAGUGCUGUACACGGGGGUGGUUCAUGUCAGCUUUCUCUUUCGUACGACAACGGCGCCACUUUCAGAGUAAUCAAGUCCAUGAUCGGAGGAUGUCCUUUGACCUCGACGUACGACUUUACCAUUCCUUCCUAUGCGCCUGACGGAAACGCUCUCUUUGCUUGGACCUGGCAGAACGAGAUGGGAAACCGCGAGUACUACAUGAACUGCGCAACCGUCUCGAUCGAAGGAUCUUCAGCAUCCAAGCGCGACACUGAGAGCUUCGAGGCUCUGCCUUUCAUUUGGAAGGCCAAUGUUCCUGGAGUCAACACUUGCACUACUACCGAAGGCGAGGAUCCGGUAUAUCCUAUGCCUGGCCCAGAUGUUCUUUACGGCGGCAGCAAGAGCAGUUCGAGCCCUGCAGACUCACAGCCUGGCGUCUGUGACGCACCCACACCAUUUGGAAAGACAUACAAGUAUCUUGGUGACACCGCUGAGCCUCAGACGGCGACUGUUGGUGGAGCCUCUGGAUCUUCGCCCUCGACUGUCAAGUCCGCUGCUUCUUCGUCGUCAACUCAGGUUCCCACCACUCUGAAGACGACGGCAAAGACUGUUGCUUCCAGCAUCAAGCAAUCUACUAGUGUCGCUGUUGUCCCUGCCCAGAGCAGUGCCAGCAGCAAGAGCACCGCGUCGACCGCGGUCACUCUCUCCUCCGUCAAGAACGCUGGCAAGACAUCGGUAGCCAACACACCAUUGCCCUCAACCUCUACUUCAGCCUCCGACGACUGUCCCUCAGACGUCACUCUCACCGUCUACACCACCGCCGGCGCCACAGCCAAAACCACUGUCCUUUCCGCCUCUGCCUCUGCUUCCGCAUCGGCCUCAGCAUCCUCCCACCCCGUCGACCCAGACACCGAAUACGCCACCGCAGACCUCAGCACCUACCUGCCCUGCGUGCCAGGCACCUACAUCUGCACAUCCGCAACUGCCUGGGUAACCUGCGACAGCACCAUGUACUCGGACGGCAGCACCUCCUGGGUCUACCGCGACGCACGCACUCUCGGCAACGGUGCCACCUGCGUACCUUCCUUCUCUCCCUACGCCGCUUCCACAAAGCAAUAUGCCCAACAAGCCGACUCGCCCGCAGGUUUCUACCGCGACGACCGCAUCGCUUACCCCACCGGCGCCGGCGCGUGUCCCGAAAACGGAGAUUUGCAGUGUGUAGGCACCGGAGGCUUCAACAUGUGCAAUGACCUGGUGUGGUUUGGUAUNGGGGGUACCGCUGCAGGCACCACUUGCAGUAAUGGCGUGUUGGUUGCUUCUUCGUAG